GCCGCCAAAAGUAGCCUACCGGCGAUACAUUGAACUACAAAAAUGGGCGUGUCCCCAUCAACACCAGCACAGCAAAAACAAUAACAUUGAGUUCUCAUCCACAUCGUCAUCUGCUAAAAAUUAGACCAUGGCUGUUUGUGUUGCUGUCAUCGGCAAAGACAAUGCUCCAAAGUAUGUUUCCUGCCUCAACCCAAACAUGGAAUUGGAUUUUCACUACAAAGUUCACAAUGCAUUGGAUGUAGUAGAGGAGAAAAUGUCUGCAAACGGCAAGGCGAGUGGUGACAUCAGGGAGCUGUACCUAGGCCUGCUAAACUCAACAGAUGAUCAUAAAAUAUUUGGAUACGUUACCAACACAAAAAUAAAAUUUGUUAUUGUCACCGAGUCUGCCAACACAUCACUCAGGGACAAUGAAGUGCGAAUGAUGUUCAGAAGACUGCAUAGUGUCUAUGCAGAUGUUGUGUGUAACCCGUUCUACAAUCCAAGUGAACCAAUUUCUUCUAAGGCCUUCAACGAGACUGUGAGAAAUAUGAUGGCUGGAAAUCUCUAAAAUUAUGCCAUUCAGUGGCACCCUCUGUUGAUGGAACUGUUGGCAAAAUAAUUUUCGCGUAGACAUUAAAAUAUUAAUUUGUAUUUAUGGUAACUAAAGCAUCUAUAAGCAUUAUAAUUCCUACAAUUAUGUUAGUAAAUACAAUUUGUUAUAAGAUUAUUUAAAUUUUUGUUUCUAUCCAUUCCUGAAAAUAAAUUUUUAUUUGUAGAUGAAAAAUACUCUUUCAAUGAAGUCACGAGUCAGAAAGCAAAUAAUAAUAUUGCAGAAUUUUAACUUAUCUUAAAUGGAAGUAACGUUAAGCUCCACGCGUGGAUGGAAACAGAAAUUUAGGGAGUAGAUUGAGUCAACGAGAGUCAAGCUCAUUUUGUCGGCAAUUUGAUGAUCUCAGAAAACGUAGUGCAUCAAGAAAUUAUUAAAAUAUUUGCUUUCGGAAUUAAAGUUUCACCUCUUUGUAAGCCGUCAGCUAAUUGUAAGUGUUGGUUGUGUGUGAAAUUUCGGAAAUCUGCAAUAGGCUUGAGAUUAAUAAAUGCUCUGUUUGUUUUAAAUCUA